AUGCUGGAGCAACUCAGUGGUUUGAUGGAGGCAGCCCCGCCACUACCGGUCGUUGUGCUGGCUUGCCUCGGGGUUUACCUCAGUGGCGUGUCAUUAUACCGACUUUACCUUUCCCCGCUUUCCCGUUUUCCAGGCCCCAAACUUGCAGCACUCACGGGUUGGUACGAGUUUUACUACGACAUCAUUAAAGACGGCCAAUUCUACUUGAAGGUACAGAAGCUGCAUGAAAAAUAUGGCCCCAUCAUCAGGAUCAACCCCUGGGAGCUCCAUGCCAGCGACCCAGUGUUGUUUUCUCAGAUCUACUCAUCUGGUGUCAAGCAUCGUAUCGAGAAAUAUGCCUGGUCUCAGCAAGGGCUGCGUCUGAUUGACAACUCCCACAUUCUGACCGAGUCGCAUGAGCUACACAAACUGCGACGAAAGCCUCUUGCGACAUUCUUCUGUUCAAGAAACACCGAUAAUAUGGAGCCGAUUAUAUGGCAGAUCUCACGGCGAAUACGAUCGAGACUCCAGAAGCUUAACCGAUCAGGUUCGGUGGUCAAGAUGGAAGACCUGUUUACGGUCGUAUCCGCUGAUCUGGUGACCGCUUUCAGUUUUGAUGAUGCGGUAGAUUUGACGGAGACUGAUGAACUACAACUUCCGGGCUCAAUCUACUCAGCCCUCCAAACAGUGGCUCGGGUUUCGGCUUGGUUGAAUCAUUUCUCCUGGGUUACGGGUCUAAUCAACGCCAUCCCCCCAACUCUCCUCUUGCGGCUGGCCCCGACGGUGGCAACGAAUAAUCGCUUGUAUUUGCUCGUUAAAAAGCAAUUUGACUCCUCCCGUGCCGCGCGCAUCUCGACGUCCAAGACCACUGUCACCAUCUCAGACGACGAAUUGACAGACGAACUUCUCAGUCCCGACACCAAGCUCAUUGCCCAUCUUCUGAAUAGCAACCUACCCCCACACGAAAGGACUCCCGAGAGGGUCUGCGCGGAGCUACUCACAAUAUUCAUGGCGACCAUCUUCAACAUACCACGGGUAAUGAUGGUGACUACAUAUCAUAUUUUGGCCAAUCCAGACAUCAAGGAGAAGCUCCGCUCUGAAUUGGUUGACCUUCUCGGACCCGAUAUGGACUCAAAGCAGGAGACGCCGGUUUGGAUAAAGCUCAACAAAGCAGAGUAUCUCAAGGCUUGUGUCAAAGAAGGACUUCGCCUCUUCUUCGGAGCCCUGCGCGGGUCAGCCAGACGAAACCUAGACGCCCCGAUCGUAUACAAAGACUGGGUUAUCCUCCCCGGUACACCAGUGGGCAUGUCUGCCUGGAUGUUGAACACCGAUCCUGAGGUCUAUCCUGAUCCUCUCGCCUUCCGCCCAGAGCGGUGGUUACCAGGGAAUCACAAGCCGGAAAUGGACAGGAAUUUUGCAAGCUUGGGUAGGGGUUCCAGGACAUGUUUGGGGAUUCAUCUGGUUUAUGUCUUCAUGAGACAUCUCCUGGUUGCAAUGUUCGGACCGGGGGAUCGGCCGGAACUGACGUUGUAUGAGACGGAGGAGUCGGAUGUUGCCACGACAGUCUCUGGGCUUUCGGGGUUGGCGAAGAGGGGGGCUAGGGGGUUGAGGGUGGUUGUGGAGUGGAUGAGUGCUUGUUAA